AUUUACAUAUGCAAAAAAAAAAAAAAAAACCCUGAGGCUCUUACGCCCCCAAACAUCGUGCACACCUGCAGGUUUAGCGCCGCACAGUAGACUACGGUCAGUUUGUUGAGUCUGACCUGAACUCAUCCGCUCCUCUGAGAGCAGUGCGACUCCAGUGAUGUGUGAACACAGAUCAGAUGGAUUAGUACCAUCUCUCGGGAUUCCCAUCAUGAGGAUAUGAUGACUUUCAGAAACCCUCUCUCUCAUAAACACUUGAGCGGCUACAUGCGCGUCAGGAGCCGCAGGGGAAACUGGCUCGCGGUGGUUCUGCUCCGAGUCUCGCGCCGGGAUCUGUUCUUCUGUCUGACCGCUCUCCUCGUCUUCUGCCUGGGCUCUGUCUUCUAUCAGUUCAGCGGAGGAGCACCAAAAGUCCUGCUGGAUGUGGGUUUUUAUCUCGGGAGAUUUGCUGGUGGCCAUGGACCUUUAGCACCCAGAGCUCUUCCGUUCCCGAGUCAGGUUGUGUAUAACAGGGUGGGUAAGUGUGGCAGUCGUACACUAGUUCUGUUGCUGCGCAUGUUGGUGGACAGACAUGGCUUCACUCUCAUCUCCUCUGACAUUCACAACAAGACCAGACUCACCAAACGUGAACAGGAAAAUCUGAUUAGAAACAUCAGCACAACUCCUCAGCCGUUUCUUUAUACCCGACAUGUGCAUUUUCUCAAUUUUAGCAGGUUCAGGACGGAUGAGCCCGUGCACAUUAACAUCAUCAGAGAUCCCAUCAACAGAUUCCUGUCCAAUUAUUUCUUCCGCCGCUUCGGCGACUGGAGGGGGGAAGAGAAUCAUGUCGUCCGGACCCCUGGGAUGAAAGACGACGAGAGAUACCUAGACAUCAACACAUGCAUCUUGGAAAGCUACCCAGAAUGCUCCAACCCCCGGCUCUUCUACAUUAUCCCGUAUUUCUGUGGGCAGCAUCCUCAGUGCAGAGAGCCGGGUUUGUGGGCGCUGGAGACGGCCAAGCAGAACGUUCUGGAUCAUUAUCUGCUGGUAGGAGUGUUGGAGGAACUUGAGGAUGUGCUGCUUCUGCUGGAGAGACUCCUUCCACACUUCUUCUCUGACGUCUUGAACAUCUACAAAAGUCCAGAAUACAGGAAGCUGGGGAACAUGACGGGCACCGUCCACAAACAGACUCCUGAUCUAGAAGCUCUGCAGGUGCUUUAUGAGCGCAUGGAGUAUGAGUACAAGUUCUACAACUUUGUCAAAGCUCAGUUCCACCUCACCAAGAGGAAGAUCGGCCUGAGAUCCGGCCCCAAACCCUCCAGACCUUAUUCUAGUGUGCUUCAGAGGAAAGACCUACAGGAGGAGCUGGAGGAAGAGGAAACAGAAGACUCACUCGAGUGGACCGACCAGACCUGAGAGAUGCUCCGAGACCAGACCAGAUACAGACGUCUGCUGGAGGCUAAAAUAAAUGAUCAUUCAGCUCCUACUGAACCAAAAAACUGG